AUGAAUGCAAAUUCGACAACUCAAGUUACUUCAAAGACUUUGCAUCAAAGUGGAACUCAUACAAGACUAAUAAAUUCAUCUAUUUCAUCUGAGAAUUUUUCAAGAAAACAUGAUAUUGAAGAAUCGGAAAUCAACUCUCAAGUUAUUAAAAAACAUGUUAAAACUGGCGAUAAUGUACUUUAA